AUGGGCCAAGUCUGCUCCGGUUCCGGCGUCAGCAAGCACGUGUGCGUCCCGCGCGACCCAGCAGACAAGAAGUUGGAUGCUAUCUUGAUCCGCAAGACCAAGAUCCCCGACUUUGACGCGUUCUUCGAGUCCGCUGCUGCUCCACUCAACGAACUCGUGGAGAUCCACAACAGCAUCGCAGAGAGCGAGGAGGACCUCAAGUCGGCAGCUGCAGCUCUUCAAGGCGAGACCCAAGUGCGCCUCACUGUGGGUCACGGUGGCCGCGUGGCGUUGGUACUCUGGAAAUUCGACAAGAAGGACCAGAUUCAUGUCCUCACACCCGAGGAGCGUGAUGAGAAGCUCAGCGUCAGUGAAGAACUGAAAAUGGCAUUCGACACCAGCGACAACGUCAUCACUAACCUGAACACGGCAUUGGAGAAGCCUCCUACGGAUGGAACGCUCUGCGAAUACAUUGAGAAAUGUGGUCGGUUGUUUGCGACCAAGCGAGGCCAACUCGAUAUGCUGGUGCGUGACGUGAACGUUGCGGUGUUCACGCUUCGUAAGUUGCUCAUGCUGCAGGCUCAUGUCACGAGUUUGACUGAAGCUACGAAGAUUCUAUUGAAAGAACUGGCUAAGGUUGAGGACAUCGGAGAUUUGAGCAUUGCAACCAACGAGAAGGGCAGCGUUAAGAUCAUGGACGGGGACGAAGAAAUGGAUCUGCGCAAGACCAAGAGGCUCAGAUCACCAGUGGCUCAGCUCGUUGAAGCUAUGGCUGAUCUAGUGGACAAUGUGGAGACUGCUGUGACCUCCGUCCCUGAACUAGCAGAGUCUUCGACAGCCUUUGUAGAGGAAUCAAAGUGCCUGCCAGCGAAAAUUCCGGAGGCUGUGUCCAGCUCGGGCUUGGGAAUCUCUGAAAUGCCAAAGGCGGCGACAUCUACUACCAGCAACGUCAAAGCUCUGAGCAAUGGUCCGAAGAUUGCUCGUGCCACGACAGACAUGGUCCAAUACGUUAUCACUGAGCUUGUCCAAGCUGCUACAAUCCCGCGAGGUGGCUAA